UGGUUGUGUUUUCCCGUUUCCUUGCCCAGCAUGCGUGCGCCCUGCAUGGUGCUGACCAAUGGCGCGAUUUAUGCGACCCCGGGCACCAAGGUGACGCACGCCUACCCCGCUUACCCCACCAGCCCUAUCACCUGGUCACCCAACUCGGGACACCAGGUGAGUCCAGGACAAAGAACGUCCCUGGGACAGCCUGGACUUUACGGGCCGCCGGUGCUCAAGUCUUGCGGCUCCGGGCCGCUCCGCUUCCCGGCGCCGGUGACGGCGCCUCCCAGCUCCGUGCCGGCGCCUUCCGCGCCUUCCGCGCCUUCCGCGCCUUCCGCGCCUUCGGCGCCGCGAGCCGUGGCCUCCCCGAGCCCGGCGCCGCGGACGUUUGCGAAGCCCAAGGUGGAGGUGCGGGUGGCGCGCAGACCCGGCGACCGGUCCGGCACCUCCAACCCCCCCAGCCCCAAAGCGCGCCCGGUGAGGCUGGCCAAGGCAAAGGUGCAAAAGCCCAAGGAGGAGCCCGCCUCAUUUGUACAGAGGCCCUGGAGGCCACCGGCGAGCUUUCUGGAUGCAUCUCCACCAAAGCAGAAACCUGAGCCCAGUGCCGCGCUCUCGGAGGACAUGAAGAAUUACAUUGGCGAUCUUCUCAAACCAACGCAGGACGUGCAGGAAAUCAACUGCCUUCGUGCCUUCUGGCGGGAGGCUUUGAGCUGCCCUGUGAUCAGCUCGCUGCUCGCAUCAGAAGAGCACAUCGACAAGAACCUGUACUGGGAGAAGCGGAGAGUGCAGAACCACCUGCGCCGUUUGCUGGAGGAGAUUCAAGAAAGACUCGGCCUGGAGCAAGAGGCGGGUCCCCAGGACCUGGAUGCCUUCUUCGGCCGCCUGGCCUCCGUGCAGUGCUUGAACACACCAGUGGUCGGGCGAGAGAUGGCGGAGCUCGAUUUGAGCCAGAUCCUGGAGGGCAUGAGCCUUUGGCCGCCCGAGCUGAGCCCGGCUGACCGG